GCAGAGGUUUAAUGUACCUUAACCUGGUGGGCUGUGAUUGGCUGCUGCUGAACCAAUCAGCUGCUGCUGCUCAGACCUUCCGUACAUUCACUCAGUGUGAUCUACCAGCAGCACACACUCAGCGGAGCACGGGACAGUUUCCUGUCUGAACAGUCUGGUGUAACCGAGUUUUCUGGCUCCCAACCGACCCUCAGCCCCUGCCCGCUGACAUCAGUGUACCUGAGGAUCUGCCGGCGCCCCCCUCCCCAGAUGUAGAGGGAGUUGUCAUCUGCAGCAGCCGUGUACACAACCCUUGUGCUGUCCAGUGAAGUUGCCCACCAUGCGUGAGUACAAGCUAGUGGUGCUGGGAUCAGGAGGCGUGGGAAAAUCAGCACUGACGGUCCAAUUUGUGCAAGGCAUUUUUGUGGAGAAGUACGACCCCACAAUAGAAGACUCCUACAGAAAGCAAGUCGAGGUCGACGGGCAGCAAUGUAUGCUUGAAAUCCUGGACACGGCUGGAACAGAACAGUUCACGGCUAUGAGGGACCUGUACAUGAAGAAUGGCCAAGGUUUCGCUUUGGUGUACUCCAUCACAGCGCAGUCGACAUUUAAUGACCUACAGGACCUCCGGGAACAGAUCCUGCGAGUAAAGGACACAGAGGACGUUCCAAUGAUCCUGGUGGGAAACAAAUGUGACCUGGAGGACGAGCGUGUGGUUGGCAAGGAGCAGGGUCAGAACCUGGCCCGGCAGUGGAACAACUGUGCCUUUUUAGAGACUUCAGCUAAAUCAAAGAUCAAUGUUAAUGAGAUUUUCUAUGAUCUGGUGAGACAGAUCAACAGAAAAACGCCGUUGGAAAAGAAGAAGACAAAAAAGAAGUCGAGUUGCACGCUGCUCUAAAAUGCCCUCCCACAGCAGCUCCAGGCCAGAAACUUGUAAUGAUUAACUGUUUCCCAGUGGAUCGUGCCAGCAUUCCAAGUCCUCUCCAGAGCAUUUUGAAAAAGGCCGACAGAGAUACUUCACCACUCGCAAAAUGGCAGGAGACGGCACAUACUCUCAAGAUACUCUUCUCUGCUUUUUAAUGGCGAAGAAAUCCACCUCUCUUUCUUUGUAUUGUCAGCCUGAUGACAACUCUGUUUUUGUUUUAUUUGUUGUUUUUUUCCUCUCCAAGGUGUCUUUCUUUUUGAAAUAUCGGUGUAAAAGAAGAGACCGUGGGUUUAAAUCCAUAUAUGGGAACUAAAAUGUUUUAUUAAAAGUAACAUCAAUCUUUGGCAUAUUGUGACAAAUACGUUUGCAAAAAGAAACCAUGUGAAAUGUUGGCCUUCUCAUACAUUUCUGCACUAACCGUGUCAACAAAGAUGCUUCAUUGUCCAUAAGUUACUCACUCCUACUUACAGGGAUGUGUAUUGAUGAGAUAACAUCUUUCCUAAGUGACUUUGUUUUUUAUUAAGAGCUGCAAGCCUUCCAUAUUUCCCAUAAUAUAUUCUACUUCCAUUUUUGCAUAAUAAAGCUAAGGAAAUUAGUAUUUUAUAGACUGAUGGGGGGGAAAUGGUGCGUUCUGAUUUGUGUCUUGAGGCUGAAAAUAUAUUGUACUAAACCAACUCUAAUAUUGCUGUCACAGAUGAUUUUCCAGCUUUUAUGAAUGAUUAAAUUUUAGUACAUUUUCAUUA